AGAAAGGCUCCUGCUCAGUAAUUCUUACUGAACCAGGAAUUAGUAAAGCUACUGAGAUCAAAGGUUCAUAUUUCUGUAGUCGCACAUAUCCACAAUGAAAAACCCAAUCCAGUUUGCAGCAGUCGCCACUUUUAUCCUCCUACUACACAAUCUUCUUAUUACAACUGCUGAUCUGACCUCUGACUCCGAAGCUCUUCUUCAAUUUGCUUCAGCAGUUCCACACGUUAGAAAACUGAACUGGAAUUCUACCAUCCCUAUCUGUAUUUCUUGGGUUGGCAUCACUUGCAACAAUGAAGGAACAAGAGUUAUUGCCAUUCAUCUCCCUGGUCUUGGACUAUUCGGUCCAAUCCCUCCCAACACUAUUGGAAAACUAGACGCUCUCAGAAUCUUGAGCCUAAGAUCUAAUUUCCUCAAUGGGACUCUUCCUUUUGAUAUAUCCUCCAUUCCCUCUCUCCAGUUUCUUUACCUUCAACACAACUACUUCUCUGGUAAUAUCCCUCCUUCACUUUCUCCUCAAAUAAGCAUUUUAGAUCUCUCCUUCAACUCCUUCUCAGGAAACAUUCCUCAAACACUAAAGAAUUUGACCCAUCUCACCUCACUGAACCUCCAAUUCAACUCCUUUUCAGGACUUCUUCCUGAUUUUAACCUCACCAGGCUCCGGCUUUUAAAUGUUAGCUAUAACUUGCUCAACGGUUCAAUCCCAUCUUCCCUCCAGAAGUUCCCAGCUUCAUCAUUUGCUGGGAAUUCUUUUUCAUGUGGUCUUCCAUCAAACCAAUGCUCAUCUUUGACCUCUUCACCUUCUCCUUCUCCACAUUACUCCCCAUCCAUGCCGAUACACCCAAAAAAACAUAACAAGAAGCUCAGCACCGGUGCUAUCCUAGCAAUUGCCAUAGGAGGCUUUUUACUGCUGCUUUUACUGGCAGUAUUCUUGUUUUGCUUCUUGAAGAAGAAAGACGGAGAUUCUGUCGGUGAGUUAACCGUAAAGGCUGUUCCUCCUGGGAAAAACGAAAAGUCUGAUGACUUCGGUAGUGGUGUUCAAGCAGCUGAGAAGAACAAAUUGGUUUUUUUUGAAGGAAGUACCUAUAAUUUCGAUCUUGAGGAUUUGUUGAGGGCAUCUGCUGAAGUUCUUGGUAAGGGUAGCUAUGGAACAGCUUAUAAAGCUAUACUGGAUGAAGGGACGACGGUGGUAGUGAAACGAGUAAGAGAGGUUGGGGUUGCUGAGAAAGAGUUUGAUCAGCAUAUGGAGUUCGUAGGGAGGAUCGGAAGGCAUCCGAACAUUGUGUCAUUAUGCGCUUACUACUAUUCUAAGGACGAAAAGCUUCUUGUUUAUGAAUACAUCAUAACCGGCAGCCUGUCUGCACUCUUGCACGGAACUAGAGGUAUAGGAAGAACUCCAUUAGAUUGGGACACACGAGUGAAGAUAUCACUUGGAGCUGCGAAAGGGAUUUCACAUAUUCACACAGAAGGAGGUGCAAGAUUCACCCAUGGCAACAUCAAAUCUUCAAACAUCCUUCUGACCGCAGACUUUGAUGGCUGCGUAUCCGAUCUGGGCUUAGCUCCGUUGAUGAAUUUUCUUCCUACAAAACCACGGUGUAUAGGAUACUACGCGCCAGAGGUGAUAGAAACCCGAAAAUUCACCCAAAAAUCAGAUGUUUACAGCUUCGGAGUCCUGCUUCUUGAGCUGCUGACAGGUAAAUCUCCGCUACCGUCAUCGGGCCACGAUGAGGUGGUUGAUCUACCGAGGUGGGUGCGAUCGGUGGUUCGAGAAGAAUGGACCGCAGAGGUGUUUGAUGAGGAACUAAUGAAGUACCCACAUGUUGAAGAAGAGAUGGUCCAAAUGCUUCAGAUCGGACUUGCUUGUGUGGCAAGAGUCCCCGAUAUGCGGCCAUCAAUGGACGAAGCCGUUAAGAUGAUCGCCGAUCUUCGUUCAUCGGAUUCUUCGGAGUAUCGGGCAUCUUCUGAGGAUAACAGAUCUAAUGUGCAGACUCCAUGAAAAUUGUGGAAGAAAAACUGCAGUAUGCAAAUGGUUGUGUUAGAACUCACAAGUUUCAAUUUUGUGUUGAUUUCCAGAUUUGCGUGGUUUCAUCAUAUUCAUAU